CUGCCCAGACACGGAAGAAUGGAUCCUGCAGAGGGUGGCUUCUCCGAGGAGCAGUUCUGGAAGGCCUGCGCCGAGCUCCAGCAGCCCGCGCUCCUCGGGGCCGACUGGGAGCGGCUGGUGGAGGCCUUGGGCGUUAGCGUCUACCGGCUGUACGACCAGGAAACUGGGCUUUAUAAGUAUAAAGUCUUUGGUGUCCUGGAGGACUGUCCACCAGCUCUGCUUGCAGAUGUCUACAUGGACUUAGACUACAGAAAACAGUGGGACCAGAAUGUUUGUGAACUCUAUGAAAAAAGAUGCAAUGGAGAGACCGUGGUCUACUGGGAAGUGAACUACCCUUUUCCCAUGUCCAACAGAGAUUAUGUCUACAUCCGGCAGCAAAAAGAGCUGGAGGUGGAAGGGCAGAAGGUCUAUGUGAUCCUGGCCCAGAGCACUUCCGUGCCUCAGCUUCCUGAGAAAUCGGGUGUGAUCCGGGUGAAGCAGUACGAGCAGAGCCUGGCGAUUAAGAGCGAUGGCAAGAAGGGGAGCAAAGUUUUCAUGUAUUACUUUGAUAACCCGGGUGGCCUAAUUCCGUCCUGGAUCAUCAACUGGGCUGCCGAGAGUGGAAUUCCUAGCUUCCUGAGUGGCUUGGUGCAAGCUUGUCGCAAAUACCCCAAGGAAACCUAAGCAAAGGAAGGAGGAUUUGUGUGCCUGUGAAAGGAUGUCUCCGGAAGUGCCACAACCACUGAUGUUCAGCUUUCCUUUUGUCUUCAGAGGCCUGCACACUCUACAGCACGUCAUCCCUGAACGUGUUUGCCUCAGGGCGGGUGCCUGGCUUGCCUGCCAGCUUCCUUUCCCACUCUCCCCACCCCACGACCACUAUUGAAUAUGGGUAGGAUUAGGGAAACCUUUGGUUGUUUAUUUUUAAAAAGGGAAGUCCUCAAUAGGGAACACAAUCAUUCCAUUGUACCAUUUUUGGGGGAUGGGUGGGUAGAGGACAGACAACAAAACUCCAGAAUGACCGCUCCCCGGCAAGCUGGCUCCUUCCCAGAAUGUGAUUUCUUAGAAGUCCAGAGGGGCUGCUGGAAGUUGCGUUGCGUUCAGAGCUGACUUUCAGCACCUUAGGACACGGAGGGAUGUGCUUCGUCGACUUGAUUAGCUUGGGAUGUGAAGUGAUAAUCUAAUCAGCGUCUCCUGUUCCUACUUGUCCCUAUUAUGGUAUCAAACCAUUUUGAAAAACAUUGCAGGCUUGACAGGGUACAUAAUGUGAUGACCGUUUUUUCUUCAUCACUGGUGCCUGGGUUUUUCUCUUUCCCAUGUGCCACUGGGGAAAGGCUGCCCAUACCUCUCUAGCUUUGCACUUGCCUAGAAACGGAGACAUCGAGAUGGUUCUGGCAGCUGGCAAAAGCUAGCAAAAGAUGCUUUGUGCAUAGCAUCACCAUAAAGUGGCUUUAUAUGCAAUAAGAUGAAUUUCCCUUCUGGAAUGUUUGGAUGUGUUGAAGGGAUAAUAGUUCAGAGCCAGGGCAAAUUUAAUUAGUGUACCUUUUUCUCAGGAAAUCUACCUAAGUUGCCUGCCUCCUACACACCAAAAGGACUUUUCAUUUCCUAUAUUUUCUCCUGAAUUUUGAAAAGUAUUCUCUGGCCAAAGGCACAGCCUUGAUGAUCUCAGGAAAAAAAUUUAACCAGUGUGUGAAGUUACCAAACCUCAAUUAAUGGGCAUAGAGGUAAGACAGAGAACAGAGGGGGCCCCAAAUCUGCAGUUCACAUAAACAAAUUAAAGUAAUAACGUAACAGGAAAUGGGCCAGGGCACACAGACAGAGCCAUUCCCCAGAACAAUGGGCCAGGGUAUCAGAAAACAGCCCAGAAACUUCCUUAAAGUUGUCUUUCAGAAGCAGCCAGAUGAAACCAGCCCCAGGGACAAGCACAGAACAUCCACCUGUGACCGCUGUGUGACCUUCCACCAGGGGCAGUAAGGGGCUGCAGCCACAGCUGGGGAAAUCUAACUCAGGGAACAGGCGACUGCACAGGUGCAACACCCCAUAAUAAGUCCUGCUAUGGAUCCCAAAGCCUCCAGGACAGGAGUCGUCUUAAAGCCAUCUUAAAAAGCUGCUGCACGCUUUUUUCCGGCCACUUGGCGGAAAACCCCGCCUAUGUCUCUGAAUAAACAUGAAUCUUCCCCCUCCCCACCCCGACUCAAGAAUAUUUAAAAAACCCACGCAAGUUCUUUGUUCUGGGAGAUGGGGGGGUGGGGGUAAGCCUUGCCUAGGCCCUCCUCAUCUCCGCUUGCAAGCCUCUUUAAUAAAGCUUUGCUCUU